GGACAGAGAUGGCGUCACAGGAGCUCAAGCAUGGUGCGGUCGCGGCCAGCGUCACGGUCCAGGACCGCGACGUCAGCGAACUGGCGCGAUUGGGGAAGAAAUCGGUUUUGAAGCGAACGUUCGGAAUUCUAUCCACCCUCGGUUUCAGCUGCACUAUCCUUGCGACAUGGGAAGGGAUAUUCAACACUUUGCUACUACCUCUGUCAAAUGGUGGUCCCGGAGGAGCCGUCUAUGCGUUCAUCUUCGCCUGGACAGGCACCGCGUGCUGCUUUGCGGUCCUAUCUGAAUUGGCCUCAAUGGCGCCGACUUCUGGUGGUCAGUACCACUGGUGUGCAAUGCUUGCACCGCCGAGCUAUAUGAAAUUCCUCAGUUACAUGACUGGAUGGGUCACCGUGAUUGGAUGGCAGGCUGCGUUCGCCUCGGCCUCGUUUAUUGCCGGUACACAAAUCCAGGGUGCCGUGCUUCUCUCUCACUCCAAUUACGACGCCCAGCCCUGGCACGGAACUCUCAUCAUGUGGGCAGCAGUCGUGCUGGCAUUGGGAGUCAACGUGGCUGGCGGGAAGCUUCUUCCGCGACUCGAGACCGUCAUCCUCGUCAUCCAUAUUCUGGGCUUCUUCGGCAUCCUCAUUCCGUUGACCUACAUGGCCGAUCACAAGUCCAAGCAUGACGUGUUUCUGGACUUUGUCAACGACGGCGGGUUUCCCACCCAAGGGCUGUCCUGGUUCGUCGGCAUGACGGGCUGUGUUUUCGCUUUUGCUGGAGGUGAUGCCGCUGUGCAUAUGGCUGAGGAAGUGCGCGAUGCGUCUGUGGCAAUCCCGCGCGCGAUCAUGCUUUCGGUCCUCAUCAACGGAUCGCUCGGAUUCGGCAUGUUGAUAGCAGUCCUCUUCUGCCUGGGCAACCUCGAAGAGGCCCUAAAUACCCCGACCGGCUACCCAUACAUGGAGAUCUUCCGUCAGGCGACGGAUUCCGUCUCCGGCGCCUUGGGAAUGACCUCAAUCAUCCUCAUUAUCGGCAUCUGCACCAUAUUCGGUCUUCUCGCAGCAACAUCCCGCCAGUUCUGGUCGUUUGCGCGCGAUCGUGCUGUCCCUGGUUGGCGCAUCUGGAGCAAGGUCUCGCCCAUCAACUGCCUCCCUACCUACUCGAUCCUCCUCACAAUGAGCGUCACCUGCCUGCUGGGCCUGAUCAACAUCGGAUCCAGCGUGGCCCUGAAUGCGGUCGUCUCUAUGGCCGUGUCGGGUCUGUACCUAUCCUACCUGACCGUCGGCAGCCUGCUGCUUUGGCGCCGAUGCACGGGCGCAAUCACGCAUUUCCAGAAUGGCGAAGACGGAGUUGUUAACGUCCCCGGCGCAAAGCUGGUCUGGGGCCCGUUUCAUAUCCCCGGUAUUUGGGGCACGAUCGUCAACGGCUAUGCGGUGAUCUUCAUGGUCAUCGUGGUGUUUUUCAGUUUCUGGCCGUCUCAGAUGGAGGUCGAUAAGACAACGAUGAACUUUAGUGUUGUUGGCACGGUGGGGACAAUCAUCUUAGCCAUGGCGUAUUAUGUAUUGAGGGCGAGGAAGGUGUAUCAGGGGCCUGUUAUGGAGGUUUCGCUGUAACCUAAGAGGCUGCGGAACUAGAGGGGCAGCUGGACGGCCGCAUCUCCGUCAAUUGGGAAGAGAAAGGGCUCGUAUUACCGCGAGCCUUGCCAGUCGUUUGCAAAGAAUAUGUAUGCACGCCGCAAAUAUGAUGUCUUAUCUCAUGAUGUAUGUAUAUUGUGGGCUUCAGUCCAAGCGAUUCCUUGUAAUGCCCGCAGAAUCCACAA